AUGACAGUCGCAAUGACAUAAGGAUUUUCUACAAAUGUGUGGAUAAACAUCGUGGUCGAUUCAAGAAAUAAAUUCUGUUUUCGCUAUUUGAUAACAUCCAUAACGAUGGAGUACGUCAAUUUGAACGAGUAUUCAGUCAAACAGGAGUCCGGCACAGAUGGUUCGAAGGCUAACGUAUUAUGUUGCGAAUGUGGAAUUCUCAUCGAACCGAAUCCUGCGAACAUGUGCGUCGGCUGCUUGCGUACACAUGUCGACAUCACCGAAGAUGUGCCCAAACAAGCAACCCUGUACUUUUGCCGCAAUUGCGAACGGUACCUACAUCCGCCUAGCGAAUGGGUCCACUGUGCUCUGGAGUCCAGAGAAUUGCUGUCGAUUUGUCUGAAGAAGUUGAAGGGAUUGAAAGAUUUGAAAUUGAUCGAUGCUGGAUUCAUUUGGACGGAGCCGCAUUCGAGGCGACUGAAAGUGAAAUUAACCGUACACAAGGAAGUGUUCGGCGGGACGAUGUUGCAACAAGUGUUUGUCGUCGAAUUUGCAGUAAACAAUCAAAUGUGCGACGAUUGUCAUCGAACGGAAGCGAAGGAUUAUUGGUCGUGUUUGGUGCAGGUACGACAACGGGCCGAGAACAAGAAGACAUUCUACUAUUUGGAACAGUUGAUCUUGAAGCAUAAAGCACACGAGUCGACAUUAGGCAUUAAACCGGAAUCGGGCGGAUUGGACUUCUACUACGCUAAUGAAAAUCAUGCGAGAAAGAUGGUCGAUUUCCUGCAAACAAUGUUACCAGUGAGGUGCACCGAAUCGAAGCGUUUGAUUUCGCAUGACAUCCAUAGCAACACAUACAAUUGCAAAUUCACAUAUUCCAUCGACAUUGCUCCAUUGUCCAAGGACAGUUUGGUUUGUUUGAAUAAAAAGUUAGCUCACCAGUUGGGUAGCAUAUCGCAAGUGUGUCUGGUGGCUAGAGUCGCAAAUACAAUCCACUUGAUUGAUCCGAAAAGUGCACAACUUGCUGAAAUAUCGGCGAAUGUCUUCUAUCGUCAGCCAUUCGACGCGAUAUGUAAUCCAAAGCAUCUAACCGAAUACAUUGUGAUGGAUGUCGAAGUGGUGCGUAACCGAGAUUUGCAUUGUUUCCCCGGUCAAGGUAAGAUAUCGCAAAAACACGUCGUCUCCGAUAUUUGGGUGGUGAAAGCAUCUGAGCUUGGAAUCAAUGACAACACCAUUCACACCAAAACCCACCUGGGACACAUCCUGAAACCCGGCGAUUCGGUGUUGGGCUACAAUUUGCUCGAUGCAAACAUCAACGAUGCUAAUUUCGACAAAUUGGAUAAAGAUAAGGUGCCCGACGUUGUUCUCGUGAAGAAAUUCUACGGUGAUGCGCUCGGCCGACGGAAUAUGAGAAAUUGGAAAUUGAAACAUUUGUCGGAAGAGGCCACCAAUUUGGAUAAAACUCACAGGGACUACAAUCAGUUCUUGGAAGAUUUGGAAGAAGAUCCACAACUGCGGCAAAACGUCAACAUUUUCCGUGAUGCUAAUAAACAAAUUCCGGUCGACACAAAUGAUAUGGAUGAUCCGUCGGUGCCGAAAAUUACGCUCGAAGAAAUGUUGGAUGAUUUGAAUUUGGAAGAUGUGGAAAUGGGUGGUGAGGAUGAUGGUGAUGAAAACAUGUAAACCGAUUUAUUGAUGGACCAAUAAAGAAACAGUUCCAAGAGAA